GUUUGUGUGAUUAGUGUAUAUCUUUUUGCUUAGACAUAUAUAUCGUUUCUUUAAGCUUUUUACUUUGUCGUGAUCUCUCUCUAGGCAGCGAAGCGAUCGUGUUCGCGAGUGUACGGUAAUGGGAAAUAAGCUGAGGAUGUUAGUCCUGUGACUUGUUUAAAUUCCUCUUUAACUAGUAUUCUCUCAAUGAGCGUUAGUUCGACGCAAUAUCUGUAAGAGCUCUGCAGUGCUUACUCCUUCUAAUCAUCCGAGAAUAAAGACAUGGAUUAAAAUUGAAGAGAAUAUUCCCGAUCGUAUUUUCGAUUGUGUGUAACCAAAGUCGAUAGCUAGGCUGUGUAGGCCGGCGGUAACCGGCAUUAGGCCUAAUGUCAUGGGUUGUUUCGGAGGUUCCAGCUCCAAGGGCGAUGCCGAAGAAGAUAAAAGGAGGAAAGAAGCAAAUAAGAAAAUCGAAAGACAGAUUCAAAAAGAUAAACAGAUAUACAGGGCAACUCAUAGACUUCUUUUACUAGGUGCUGGAGAAUCUGGAAAAAGCACAAUUGUUAAACAGAUGAGGAUAUUGCAUGUCAAUGGUUUUAGUGAAGAGGAACGGAAACAGAAGAUAGAAGAUAUUAAAAAAAAUAUAAGGGAUGCAAUAUUGACAAUUUCUGGGGCCAUGAGCACAUUAUCCCCUCCAGUACCACUAGAAAAUCCUGACAACCAAUGGCGAGUGGAUUACAUUCAAGAUGUUGCGAGUAAUCCUGACUUUGAUUAUCCUCCAGAAUUCUAUGAGCACACUGAAAUUUUAUGGAAGGAUAGAGGUAUUCAGCAGACAUUUGAGAGAUCAAAUGAAUAUCAGUUAAUUGACUGUGCAAAGUAUUUUCUUGAUAGGGUGAGUGUUAUAAAAAGGAGUGACUAUACUCCAACUGAACAGGAUAUCCUUCGAUGUCGUGUUUUGACUUCAGGAAUAUUUGAAACAAAGUUCCAAGUGGAUAAAGUCAAUUUUCACAUGUUUGAUGUUGGCGGUCAGCGAGAUGAAAGGCGGAAAUGGAUCCAAUGUUUCAAUGAUGUGACAGCCAUCAUUUUUGUGACUGCUUGCAGCAGUUAUAACAUGGUCCUGAGAGAAGACCCUAAUCAGAAUAGACUCAGGGAAUCGCUGGAUUUGUUCAAGAGCAUUUGGAAUAACAGAUGGCUACGUACAAUAUCCGUUAUUUUGUUCCUCAACAAGCAAGAUCUUUUAGCAGAGAAAAUCAAAGCUGGAAAAUCAAAGCUUGUAGAUUAUUUUCCUGAUUUCGCUCACUAUCAAACGCCACCCGAUGCUGUUACUGAUCAAGGUGAUGAACCUGAAGUUUUGAGAGCUAAAUAUUUUAUAAGGGAUGAAUUUUUGCGCAUUAGCACAGCCAGUGGCGAUGGAAAACAUUAUUGCUAUCCACACUUCACGUGCGCCGUGGACACAGAGAACAUUCGACGGGUAUUCAAUGACUGCCGCGACAUCAUUCAGCGGAUGCACCUGCAUCAGUAUGAACUGUUGUGACGGGUGCCUGUAACCCUUCUCUCUGUUCUGCAUGCGGCGAGGGUGGGCACCAUGAAAAACGAAACACUGCCACCCGCUCUGCUGCUGCCGCCUCAUUCCGUGCGAUCACUCCCUGUCCCCCCCUGAGGAACUCUCACGGUUGCUUCCAUUUCAUUAUGUGAAAGAUGGCUCGUGGAUAACUAGACUCUAGAAAAGGCAGUUUGAUUUUUUUCCCCUUUUUUUCUCUCUUUCAUGAAAAAGGAGAAGGAACUUUCCUUUUUUUGCUAAAACAGUUUAAAUGUUUGUCAGCAUUGUUUUUUCGAAGAAUAGUAAAUGAUGGAUUGAUAUGGUUUAGCUAAAAACCUUCACCCCCUUCCAACACUAAAUUUUUGCAUCCUCUGAAAUCUACACUUUCCUUUGCAGAUUUUGUCGUACAAUGUAAUUUAAUUGCAUUUUUUAUGUAGUCUUUUUAUUGCACUCUUCUUGUGACUUGAAGGUGUUUCUGUACAUGAAUAUUUAGUCUGUGUAUCGGUGGCUGUCCUGUUUCUACAGCCACAAUUGUCUGUGUUGAAUUAGUGACAUAAUUGGACAACUGUUGUACCUACUAUUGCAUUUAUGGCAGCCUAUUUUAAUUUCAAGUGAAUUACUGUAGUUUAUAUAUUUCAGAAAGAAAGGGGGCCUCUUCUUUCGGUGGUUAUGCAUUUGUUAGUUUAGUCUAGUCAACUUUUGAUUUUAGAAUUGGAUUAGUUUUAUUAUUGUUAUACUAUUAUGAUGAAUUUAUAUAUUAAGUUGUAGAGAUGUUAGCAACAUAUUUGGAUAGUAUUUAUUGCGUUGACAGAAAAUUCUUAAUGAUAAUUUGAUAUAUAAUUUUGUUUCAGUGUAGCUAAAUAGUUGUUUUAUCAUUUACAGUUUUUAAAUCAAGAUUCAAUAUUCUUUUCUUUUAAAAAAGAUGUUUUGUUGCUCUUGUUCUUCUUGAGAGAUUUCACUGGUGCUUUAUUACAGAUAAUUUUUUUUAAACUGCAAUCUCUACUUAAGUUUUGGAACUAUUGAACCGAAUCAAUUGUUUUAUUAUUAUUAUUAAAUUAUAUUUUACAGUAUGCCAUUUUGUUAAUCUCUGUUGUCUUCCAAAUUGACAAUGUGGUGUUAAUUUAUGAAUGAAAAGCAAACGUAGCAAUUUGAAUUUUUAAAUACAAAUUAGUUAUUAAAGUUUUUCUUUCAUCUAAUAUAUGUAUAUAAAAUUGUGUUUUAAGUGUUUUUUUUUGUGCUGACAGAAGUAUAUUUAAUCAAGUUUUUUGUUUUAAAAAAUGUUUACUCAGUUUAAGCUAAAAUUAAAAAAGCUUAAUAUAUAUAUGUAUGUGUGUGCGUGUGUGUGAGUUUGCGUGUGUGUAAAUGUAUAUAGAAUUUGACCAGGCUUGACCAAAAUCCUUGCAUUUGCCCUACAGAUUCUCAUUUUUUAGAGUAACUUAACUAAAUAGGAAGUAAAACUCAGGAUUGUCCAGUGUAUUUUUUAUUUACACAUAUACUAAAUUGCAUGCGUGAAUGGAACUAAAUCCCUUUUUUAUAGUAGUAAAUGCAGAAAUAUUUAAAAGUCAUUGUUUGCACUGUUUGUCCAGUCAAAACAGAUAACUGGUUAUUAUCAAAAUAGAGAGAUUCUUGUUUUUUAUUGUGUUGUGUAACUUUGUUUUCUUUUUCAAUGAAGUCAUCUUGUAUUUGUAAAAAAAGAAGAGACAAGAUUUUAAUCCCUGUGUAUCACUCAGUUUGGUUUCUGUGCAAUCUAAUUGUGAAGGUCUGAUUUUAACUUGGGAAGUGAAUUGACUUCCCACUUAAGAAAAGCAAGAAAGAAAUAUUAGUUCUUUGUUAAUUUCAAUAAUAAACUACUCAUUAGCCUUGUAAACUGUAUGCACAAUUGUUUAAAAAGGAAUAAAAUAAUUAUUGUUUUUUAAAAAAAGAAACUUUUCUUUGAAAUUGUCUUGUAUAGCAAAGAAUGUUGAUGUGCUUGCCAAAGAAGCAAUAGUUAGACUUAAUUGUUCGUGUAUUAUAUUUAACCAAGUGUGGAAUUUUGCAUGCACUUAUCCAGAUAAUAUAUUGCCAUUGUAAGUGCAAUAUUUUGUUUAUUAUUUCUGUCAAAGUUGAAUGUAUGCCUCAAAGUGAAAAGGGGGAAAUUUAUGAUUUUCUUGCAUGAAGAAGAAGAAAUACCAACAACUCAUGAAGAGCCUGUUUUUUGAGCGAUGAUCUUACCGCCGGAUAUCUCCAAAUCUAGUUUGUGAGUCUCUCUUGCUGUUGCAUUGCCCUUUCUCUGGCAGUAUACCUUGUGGGCUGCAUUCUUAGCUGGAGAUGUCCAGUUUGUGCAUUAUAAAAUCCUGAAAAUGUACAUAAUAUUUUUAAAAAAAUAAAAGGUCUGUUGAAAUGUUAA